AUGUCUGGCCCUAUCGACUUAGAAAAGGACGAUGUGAAUGCAGCAGAGUCUGUGCAGCUUGAAACUGUCGUCGUCGACGAUGUGUUUGGAGAAAUGACGGACGAAGGUCCAAACUUUCGCAAUGUUGGAUUCCUAGGAACUGUGAUUCUCAUGAUGAAGACUCAAAUUGGUCUGGGUGUUCUUGCUAUCCCCUCAGCUCUAGAUGUUCUCGGCAUGGUCCCAGGUAUCAUAUGCAUGCUCGUUAUUGCUUGUAUGACCACGUGGUCUGGUUACAUGGUCGGCGAGUUCAAGAUUCGCCAUCGAGAAGUUUACAGCAUUGAUGAUGCUGGUGGGAUCAUUUUUGGUUCGCCUGGUCGUGCGAUUCUUUCAACCGCAUUCUGUCUGUAUUAUGUUUUCAACAGUGGCUCAGCGAUACUGGGACUCUCCAUAGGGAUGAAUGCUGUCUCAACGCACGCGACAUGCACCGCCGCUUAUGUCGCCGUUGCGGCCAUCUUGGGAUUUGCAUUUAGUAGUAUUAGAACUCUGGGACGUAUUACGUGGCUUGCAUGGAUUGGACUACCAUGUAUUCUUACUGCGAUUAUUGUUGUUACCAUCGCAGUAGGUGUCCAAGAUCGCCCUGCAUCUGCGCCAAAAACGAAUGAUCCUUGGGUCUCGGAUUGGGCUACAUAUGGAACUACCGGGUUCGCAAAGGCUAUCGCAGCAGUUUCUAAUCUCUUGUUUGCUUUCUCUGGAACACCAGGCUUUUUUUCUAUUGUCUCGGAGAUGCGUGACCCUGCCGCAUACGGUAAAGCCGUCAUAGCGUGUCAAGCAGGUGUGACAGUCGUAUAUACCGUUAUAGGCUGCAUCAUAUACUAUUACUGUGGUACCCACGUAUCUUCACCAGCCCUUGGUUCAGCUGGAGGUGCGAUCAAGAUCAUCAGCUAUGCCUUUGCUUUGCCUGGGCUACUUGUUACCAUGACAAUUGUGACACAUAUUCCAGCCAAGUUCAUCUUGGUUCAUGUCCUUCGCGGUUCUCGACACCUCGUCAACAACACCCCGACGCACUGGAUCACUUGGCUUAGCUGUACUCUCGGAAUUACUGUGAUAGCUUGGAUUAUUGCUAGCACAAUUCCCGUUUUCGACGAUCUGGUCUCUCUUAUCGGCGCCCUUCUCGGCCCACUGAUGUGUCUUCAACCGAUGGGGGCGAUGUGGCUGUACGACAACUGGGGCGACGAGAAAACUCGCACUGCGGGCAUUAAGUGGAGAUUCAUGGUCUUCUGGAGCAUUACUAUUAUCCUUCUGGGGACUUUUUUGAUGGUUGCUGGUACUUAUGGUUCGGUGAUGAACAUUAUCGAAUCGUACAACAAAAGUGGAGGCUCGGCUGCCUUCUCUUGCGCUGAUAACUCAAAUUCUGUUUAG